AUGAAUACAGUCCCUGCAGCCGGCGAUCGGCCGCAGCAGCAGCAACAGCAGCAGCAGCAGCCGCAGAUCCAGCCUUGCCGGUACAAGGUCGGAAAGACACUUGGUGCGGGGUCCUACUCGGUGGUCAAGGAGUGCGUGCACAUCGACACGGGUCGCUACUAUGCAGCCAAAGUCAUUAACAAGCGGCUUAUGGCCGGUCGCGAGCAUAUGGUGCGCAACGAGAUUGCCGUCCUCAAGAAGGUAUCGAUGGGCCACCAAAACAUCCUCACCCUCGUCGACUACUUCGAGACCAUGAACAACCUCUAUCUCGUCACGGACCUGGCGCUAGGGGGUGAACUCUUUGAUCGCAUCUGCCGCAAGGGCUCGUACUACGAAUCAGAUGCGGCCGACCUCAUCCGCGCGACGCUCUCGGCCGUCGCCUACCUACACGACCAUGGCAUUGUCCACCGGGACCUCAAGCCCGAAAACCUGCUGUUCCGAACCCCGGAGGAUAACGCAGACCUACUCAUCGCCGACUUUGGCCUCAGUCGCAUUAUGGAGGAGGAGCAUUUCAACAUGCUGACCACUACUUGUGGCACGCCUGGGUAUAUGGCUCCUGAGAUCUUCAAGAAGACUGGCCACGGCAAGCCGGUGGACCUGUGGGCGCUGGGCGUCAUCACGUAUUUCCUGCUGUGCGGCUACACGCCCUUUGACCGCGACACGGACUUUGAGGAGAUGCAGGCCAUCCUCAACGCCGACUACAGCUUCACCCCGGUCGAGUACUGGCGCGGCGUCUCGGAUAGCGCAAAGGACUUUAUCCGCCGCUGCCUGACCGUCGACCCCAACCGCCGCAUGACGGCCCACGAGGCCCUGCAGCACCCCUUCGUCGCGGGAUGGGCCCGCGUCGCCGGCGCCGGCCCGGACGCCGACAAGGGCCAGAACCUCCUCCCCACCGUCAAGAAGAACUUCAACGCGCGCCGCACCCUCCACGCCGCCAUCGACACGGUCCGCGCCAUCAACAAGCUGCGCGAGGGCCAGGCCGGCGGCUUCAUGAAUGGCCUGCACAGCCACGAGCCCAAGAGGGAGAAUAUCCAGGGUCGUAAUAAUAAUGCCGCACCCCCAUCGUUGUCAUCGUCGCGCAAGGAUGAUAGCGGUGUUUCAGUCGGCAGCGGGAGCGCGAGUGGAAAUGGAAACACAAGCAGCGCGACGACGACGCAGAGCGGCAGGGACAGCGGCUACGGUGGCCUGCAAGGGCUGGACGGCUGCGUGGAUGUGAAGAUGGGUGAUGAUGGUGAUGUGCCGCCUGCUGCUGCAGCGGCUGCGGCGCAACAGAGUCCCGGCCAGCUGCCGCCCGCGUAUGCCGUGCCCGCUAGCUUGCGGCCUGGGAACGAGGCCAAUAAGGUGGUCGAAACCAGCAAGGGGCUGUGGAGCGGCAGCGGGAGCAGCAGGCGGUGA